ACCAGUCAUUAGAUUAAAACCUUCGAUCGAAGAGAAGUUUGUGGAGACUGAGACUUUAUGUAAACAUUUAGAAUUAAGACACGAAUUAUGACGGCGGAGGAAAGUAAAGAGUACAUGGCGAAGACGGAGGUUCAUCAGCUUUUUGAGGUACAUUUGACUGAUAGAGAGGCGCAAGAACCUGUGGGCAAUAUUUUUAGCUUUCCUACGUCGUUUACAAAUUUCAGGAACUUCAUUCACAAAUCUAAUUAAGGGACGCAUAGAGUUCCAGAUGGUUUUAAAAAUUUUAAAUUUCCAAGCAUAGUUGUUCUCUGGGAUUAAUCUUAGGCGUUGUGGUGCGCCUCAGGACUUGAUUGCGCUCUUGUAGUGAAUUAACUUUGCAAAUCGCGCACAAACAGAUAGCGUGUAUUAGCAGCGGUUUAAUCUCAGUAGCAGGUAAGAAUCGGAGACUCAUCGUCAAAUUGACUGAGGUCAAAUAAGAAGUGGUUCUGUCGACUGCUUUUUUUUCGUGAGAUAAAACGGACAGGUUGUGCCCUCUGUAAUCCGUGACACGAAAGUUCGAUUUGGAACAGUUCGAUUAGGAUACAUGAUCGUCAAUGUUUCUUUGUUUUACCUUUCGAUCGUAACCUCUCAGAAACAUUGCAAACUAAUUAAUUGUGGUAGCUCGAUGUUUCUUUUGGUUUACUCGAAAAAUAUUGGCACUGACAUUUGCUAUAUUUUAUGAUGUGGUCCUCAUUUACAAAAUUCAUUUAUAAAUGAGUAUCGAUCUGUUUAUCCAUUCUUCGGCAGCUGCCAUGUAAGCAAUAGUGCAGCGUCUCUGAGGGGAUAAAUUAAGCCUCUUUUGCUGUUUUAUAUAUCUAUUCAAAAUAACAAAAGACGUCUAACAAAGGGGAAAGAAAAUAAACAAACUGAAUUUCACUAUUCGUGAUGUGUUGCACUGAACGUAUACAUGUGUUUCCAGUAUUGGAUCGUUUUAAAUAUGCAUUAUGUUGAUUCAGCUUCUAAAAUAUUCAAAUGUAUAAUGUAUAUUUCAUAGACGCACACGGAUUUGAAGAGAAGUCUGUGUAUUAAUCACUUCCAUUGCUCUGCUUGGUCAGUUGAAAGCCAUUUGUGAAAUUUGAAAACAUGAAAGAUUUUCAGUUUAAUAUUUCAGCUAUGGGUAGCAGGGCCUUUCCAGCCUCCGAGUUCACAUGCCUUUUUUUAUUCUCUGUUAUUGUCCUAGGUAGCUUGCUUAUAUAAUAAAUAUAUUUUUGACCAAGCUUCAAGAUGCCUUAAAAAUGUUUCCAGGGAAUUUGACCAAUAUCUUGAUGCGAAAAGUGUGACAAUUAGCAUUUUUAUACCUGAAGGGAAUGCUGACUGGCUUGCUGUAUCACAAACCUGAGGAUCAUUUGGCUUUCCUGGAAAAUUGCAUUUCCCUUGCUAAAACAGAAAAGGAUAUAAAGUGGAACUCUUUCCUUGAUGUCAGCAAGAAGCCCCUGCCACCUAUCCCAAAAACAGAUGGUCCAAUCAAGUCUGAAGCAGGAGAUGAAAUCCGCACAUUUACCACUGAACCAGAAAUGAAACAGAAACAACCACUUCCUCCAAUUAAUGGGACUGCUCAUCCAUCCAUUGAUGAAGACGACAAGGAGUUGACUGAGAAAAAUAUUUUGACAUCUGAAUCUGACGAGGAGGUGGAAGUGGAGUUUUCUGGUCAAAGGAUUGUGUUUGUUCUUGGUAAGGGAAUCAGUCAUCAAAAGGUUACUGGAUCAACUCAUUAAAAGUUUGAUACCUCGAUCAUUCAAUCAAUUAAUCAGAAUGAUUCCUAAAGCUACUAGUACAUACUAAAAAAGAUAAAAACCUCCACUUUGCCAAUUUUCAGCUUUCAAGUUCAUUGAAUUAAAAUUUUUCUGAAUAAUCAUUUGUCAUCUGUUUCAUAUGGAAUUGAAUUCUGAUCUGAAUUCCACCUCUCUCCCCUGUUUUUUGAUCUAUGUAGUAGCCAUGAGAAAUGUAUUGAUCUGUUUGAUUGUAGGAGGGCCAGGCUCUGGUAAAGGAACUCAAUGUGCUCGAAUUGUUGGGGAAUUUGGUUAUGUUCACUUAUCAGCUGGUGACCUCCUAAGAAAGGAGGUGGCAAAAGGAAACAAAAGGGGACAGAUGAUUGAAGAUAUCAUGAAGGAGGGGAAACUUGUUCCUCAGGUAAUUAAUCAUUUACAUUUAAUAUGAAACAGAAAAUAAUUCAAAAAAUUAAAAUUGGCAGCACUGACUGACUAAUGAAUGAAUAAAUUAUUCUCUGCUCAGUCAUUUAAGAAAAUCCCCAUACCUUUCCAAAAAGGUUUUUAAUUAUUUAUAAAUCUCCUCUUAUUCCAAGGAAAUUUGAUUUCUGGUUCCAACCUUACUUCAAAACUUUGGUUUUUGAGACAUCCCUCUCCCUGGGGCAUGAUUAUUUUCUGGAACCACUUUAGUUAUAGAGUUGGAAUAGAAAUGAAAUGAGUGUUUAAAAUUUAAAUCAAAUACAAAGUUUACAAAAGCAUAACAAGUUGUCUAAAAUUAGCUGGUUCAUCAGCAGCAUGUAUGUUGUCAUCUCAGCAUGGAUAGUCUAUCAUAAUUAAUAUUCAUUAUAUGUUUAUAACGUCUAAGGAGAUCACAAUUGAACUGUUGAGAGAUGCUAUGAGACAACACAAGGAUUGUCCUGGAUUUCUCAUCGAUGGCUUUCCAAGAGAAAUACAGCAAGGAUUGCAAUUUGAGCAAGAGGUUAGUCUGCUUGGGUUGAAGUUUAUAUACACACUUAUCUAAAUUUACUAAAUCAGGCAUCUUUUUGUCAAAUUGAAUUUUUCACCAUUUUGGUUGUAAAUACCUGUAUGACCUACUAUGAGUUAUUUCUUUGGGACUUCUCAGAGAGAACAGUAGGAAAAGAGUCAUGCAACACUUGUUUUACUUUCACUAUUUUAAAGUGGCACCCAAAUGAAUGAAAAAACCUCCAUAUGAGGACCUUGAGUUGACAACUUGGCCCCAUAAAAAUUCACUUGGGCUGCAUGCAGGUAUCCAUCAACCAUCUCCGUUAUGGAAUUUUUUUCUUUUUUGCUGUACCUCUCCAAGCUCUUUCAAUACCAAUUGCAUACCAUAAUGAUAGUAUGGAGAUCCUUUGCAAUCAUCCUAUUUGCACUGGAAGCUUUCUCAAUUGUUUUACUAUUGCAAAUUUUCACCUUUUCUGGGCAAACCCAAGGGUCAGAAGCACACCUAGAGCCCUCCCCUCCCUCAUACCCAUAAAGAUCUCUUGGGGAAAGGGGACAUGCAUUUGAAUUGUGUUAAGCCAAACAUGAGUAUCUUGCAUCUAAAUAUAUAACUGAAGAAAAUGUUUUUUACUAGUCUGAGUAGAACUACAUAGCUCUAGUUAUACCUCAUCUGAUGAGACUUUGUGUUGUUGCUUUGCCAGGUUGUGGAAAGUGACUUCCUCCUUUUCUUCGAGUGCAGCGAGGAGGUCAUGGAACAGCGAUUACUUAAGCGAAGUGAAACAAGUGAGCGGCCUGAUGACAACAUCGAGACGAUCAAAAAGCGUUUCACGACGUUCGUUGAGAAGACGUUGUCUGUUAUUGGGCAUUAUGAAGAGCUCAGCAAAGUGAAAAAGGUUGGAACCUGUAUGUCAUAUUCUAACAAUUUCUUUCCGUUUUUCAGUUCUUUUGCCGACGGGUUGUGUUUGAAAAUCAAAGAUUCUAGCUCGCGGUGUUCAGUUAAUUUUCUUUGAUAGAGAAUUUAUGGUCGAAUAUAGAACGAAGCGGAAACUCUCCGUUUCUGGAAAGUCUCAAACAGCGCACAACUUGAAUAAAACUGUAUAGCACUUACAAUUGAAUUUUGACUUCAGAUUGAUGCGAAUCGUAGCGUGGAUGAGGUCUUUUCAGAAGUGCGAGCCCUAUUUGGGGCAUUACCUCCGAAGCAAGUGCAGAAAAUUAGGAGAAAGAAGAAGAAAGUUGCUAGCAACGAAGAGGAAGAUGAAUACGAGUUUGUAGAGUUCUCUGGCCAAAGGAUCGUCUUUGUCUUAGGUACUGCAGCUCAUAUCUAAUUUUCAAUUUUGGGCGUGUCAUAAAACACGUUCUCCCAUAUGUUUGCAAAUACCGCGUAUGAGCUUCUUGUUGUUCUCCUUUGGUCCUUAGGUGGUCCUGGGUCUGGUAAAGGAACUCAGUGUAGUCGUGUUGUGGAGAAGUUUGGUUAUACUCACUUGUCAACAGGAGAUUUACUACGAGCGGAGAUCGAAGGAGGCGGAGAAAGGGGUCAAAAACUUGCUAAAAUAAUGGAGGAAGGAAAUCUUGUUCCACAGGUAUGUCUUGCGAGCCGAAGCCCAAAUUUCUGCCCAAGUAGACUAGUUAUUUCAUAAUAUUACUCUACUGCAUUAUAUUUCUCCCCAUCCAAAGGUGUUCUACCUCGGUUGCUUGAUUCUCGAAUUCCGUGAUCUCUUCAUCCCAAUCAUGAAUAAUUAAGGCAUGGGAAGAAAUGAAAUUUGAGAGUCAAACCAGCUGGAGACAUUUUUAUCUGGAAAUGGAAUUUUUUUGCAUUAUGUGUAAAGCUGGAUUUUUGCGGAGUUGAUGGUGUAGAUCGUAUCACGUUACACUAGUGUAAAAUUUUAAAAAUGGUAGUAGAAAGGUACGCAGAGAUGGAAAAGGCGUAGUAAUGUUCCCGAUCAUCAAACUAAGAAUUUGGGACAUAGUAUUCUGCUCAGAGUGUUUAAAGAGGAUGCAAGAGAGAUUUGGGGGCUGCUGAAAUAAAAACAGGGUACAGCUACAGUCAGUUUGACGAGUCUCUAAUUCACUAUUCUUUUUGUUUGUCAUGCCUAACGAGGUUGAAUGGUGGCGGUUAGGUUUUCUGCAUGUUUUCUAAAGCAAAAGAGAUGAAAACCUACAAAGCAAUUUAAUGGGCAACUCGAUUUCACAUUUUGCUUCUCUGGCGAGCUUCCUAACCUCAUAGUUUGCUUUGUUGUGUUACAGGAAGUAGUUAUUCAACUUUUGAAGGAUGCCAUGUUGAAGCAUCCAGACUCACCUGGAUUUCUUAUUGAUGGUUUUCCUCGUGAAAUUUCUCAAGACGUACAGUUUGAAGAAGAGGUAAGUCACUGGACAGGCCGAGUAUAUAAUAUCAAUCUUGGGACCCACAUCUGAGUUCUGGCCUCAUUUCAAGCGUGUGAUUACGGCCUAGAAUGGAAGGAAAAUCAGAAUCCAAACGAACUGAAUUGCAUUAUAGUUUCCUUUACCCUCGGUGGCUCUUCUUGUUGGGGCCUUUUUACUCGCAUUGUGCGACAUGCACCUCAAAAAGGAUACCCAUAAAUUAUAGUGCGGACGAGAGGGGCUGGUGACGCAUCCUGCAUGAUACAGAUCUCUUCCCAAUCGAAGACCUGUUCAAUUCUGGUCUUAAGAUCUUUACCCGUACCGCUCGAAAUAACGUACUGCAAGCAGUCUUCAUUGUGGUUGUCAACUCUGUGCUUAACGCAGGCGAUUUUGUACUCAAUCUAGCCACUGACAAACUGAGCAUUUGAUCAUUUUUUUUGUUUGCAGGUAGUAGAGUGCCACUUUAUCCUUUUCUUUGAAUGCAGUGAGGAAGUCAUGGAAGAGAGACUUAUCAAAAGAGGAGAGACCAGUGGAAGGGUUGAUGAUAACGCGGAAACAAUAAAGAAACGAUUCAGGACUUUUAUGGAAAAGACCGUGCCAGUACUGGAGAAAUAUGAACAGCAAAACAAAGUGAAACGAGUAUGUUUAGUGGCGAGAGAUAGCAAUAUCUGCCAACAGUGUAGGAGCGAAGAAAAAAAUCUGAGUCUCGCAUUACUGUUAUUAGUCAAAACCACAACAAAAUUCUUUAACUUGAUUAUCACCUGCCGAUUUGAACGGUAGGGGAACAGUUUACACUUCAAGCUUGCAUUAUGUAUUUUUAAUUUAUCGGUAAUACGUCCAGUUCUGUGCGCAAUUAUAUUCAACUCACAAAUCGCGGUACAUUGAAGGUGGUCUGAACGCGGUUCUGCCUCCAUGAAAGAAAAAUUGUCUUUGAGAUUUGAAAGUAAUUGCUAUUAAUACAUUUUGAAGUUUAGAUAAGUGCAAGAUUUCUGACCCGUUAUAUUGUACUUUAUAUCUAGGUGGACGCCACACGUUCUGUAGAUGAGGUCUUUCUGGACGUUUGUGCAAUUUUUGGAGACCUCCCCAAACUUGAAAAGAAGAGAAGAAAGAAAGGUAGACCUUUUUUAUACAAGUCUAAAAAGAAAAGCGAAGAAACUUAUUUAUCGCUCUACGUACAAGCUAAGAGAGGUUUACACUAAGUGAUGCGAAGAAAAACCUUAGUGAUUUCAACAACCCACGAAACAAUAUUUAACUGUCAGAAGGAACCAGUGAGAACAUUAAAAUGAUCCCAUAUGAGAGGCGUCAAUCGUGGGAAAAUUUGAUUUUUGAUUGGUUGCGAACGUGGCGCGUCUUUCAGACCAAUCACAGCGAAGAGAAGCAACACCAAUUCAGUUUAGAUCUACCAUAGUACCUCCACAGAAAAGCUCAAAAUUGAUUGUUUCCCAAGUUAGAGCAAUUCCUGAACGCUUUGAUCACUUCAUUGGAUUGGCUCUGCUGCGUAGUAUUAUUUCAUGAAGUUUUCUUUGCGAGACUGACAAGGCGCCGAAGCUGUAUAUGAAAUAAUGAAGUAUCUUUGUAUCUGAUCUUCAACCUGUUUAAAUAUUUUCGUAGUUAAAAAAGCCGAGAGUGGUGAUGAUUCCGAGUAUGACGAGCUUGCCGAAGCCGUGGACGACUUGUCCCGAGUAGUGGACGGAAAGCCGAUCAGGUUAAGACGAAAGAAGAAAAAGAGGAAGGAAGAAGAAGACGAGUAUUCAAGAAACCCUGUAUUUGAACAGCCGAUUGUUGCCGAAGAGUUUAUUCCGCUAAUGGACGACAGUAUUGCGAAAACCGAUGGCAAGGGAUUGUUGAAUGUUCGGGUUAUAUUUGUCAUAGGUGAGCCAAACUGACAAUUCAGUAUUGCAUUUUUCAAGCCUAGUUUCAUCACUUUCAGUCCUCAUAACAGACUUAAAAUGAAAGGGUGUGUGUAUGUAUGGGCGAUCGAACGUUAAUUGCGGGUUAGUCGGCACAAAGAAGAAACAAGCUACAUACGGUACGUGGUGGAGUUUUUCUCUACCAAUCUUCCAUGUUGGUCCUGGGUUCAAGUUCCCCAGUCUGUCACCCAAUGGCUCUAUUUUCGACCGCCCCUAAUUUAGCUCGGCUCCAGUAGGCGUUACGUAAACAAGCGAACUUAUCCGCCUUCUGCUAGCUCAGGUGUUAAAUCGGUCUAUGUUUAUUAAAGUGAUUAUGUAAUUGCUUCUCACUGGCCGUGAAAGGCCCGUUUAGUAGAGUGGUUAACUUAGUAAUUCUAAAAUGUAUUAUUACUGUUAACUUUUGUUUGUUAUUCACUUUCCUUUGCUGAUUUUGUGCUCAGGUGGACCUGGAUCAGGCAAAGGAACUCAAUGCCAGCGUAUUGCUGAAAAGUUCGGUUAUACCCAUCUGUCGACUGGAGAUUUACUCCGAGAAGAGGUCCAAUCUGACUCACCAAGAAGUAAGGAGUUGAUACAAAUCAUGCAGAAAGGAGAACUGAUUCCUACGGUUAGUUAUGGCUAUUUUUGACAGUUCAUGUCGUUGACUAGUAUGUAUAAUGGCUAACAACAUGAAUAUAACGAGGUGAAGGAAAAUGAGAACAACAAUACGAAUAAGGGGAAUUUUCAGAUCAAGUCCAGGCAAGGUUGUGGGACUCGAGGUAUUUGAAGGGAAGUAGAUUCCAUGUUGGAAAUCGUUUUAGAUGAUUUUCUACCCCAAGCUAAGGGCAUCUUCCCGGAGUGUCGAAAGAAAUGCGGAAUUGUAUUAGUCUUUCUUUACUUUAUCCAGUCAUUGGCCAAGAAAACUCGUGCCACCCUUUUCACUGAUCAGAUGCAAAACUUUGGCGUCGCAGCUCGUUUUUACUUGUUUUUACUUUGAGUCCUGAUUUGCUCCUUGUAGUAUUUUCCUUUGUCCUGUUUAACCUUUAUGAACACUAUAGUUGUAAUUCAAAAGUGUUCUGAGGUAGUAUUUUUUGUUGUCACAAGAGAAAAUUACGCAAAGGUGAAAUGUUGCAAAUAAAAGGCGCUUUGCGCGUGCGAUCUUGGAAGACAGGGAGACUACGCGCAAUGUAAUUGUGUGCAACUAUUGUUCACUAACCAGGAAGUUUAUCUCGGUGCUUUUCAGAGGGUGAUUCUGGAGUUAUUACGGGUUGCCAUGGUGAACAUUCCGAACACCAAAGGGUUCAUCGUUGAUGGGUUUCCAAGGGAAAUAGAACAAGGAAAAGAAUUUGAAAACGAAGUGAGUAUGGCAACAUUUUCAUUGUUGUGCAUUGUGUGGCUUAAAACUGAGUUGCAUUCUAUUUCAUUUGUGAAUAGAUCGCGGCGUGUGAGUUUGUGCUGUACUUCGAGUGUUCCCCCGACACGAUGAGACAGCGGCUUCUGCAGCGAGGAGAAACAAGUGGUCGCGUUGAUGACAAUGAAGAGACGAUCGUCAAAAGAUUGAAAACGUUUGAUAACGAAACAAAGCCAGUCAUUGAAUACUACGAGGCUCAAAACAAAGUUAAGAAGGUGCUAAUUAAUUGUUAUAGUAGAAAUUUAUGAGGUGAAUGGUUUUAGCCAAUAAUCUGGAUGCCGAAAAUGCUCGUGGGUCGCUUUUCUUUUGUUCUCGUGUGCUCUGUGAUUGGUUCAUUGAUAUAAACUUCCUGUCACAGCGAGCUAAAAAACCAAGAUCUUUCGAGAGUGGCCUGGACACAUGCUAAUUUUGUCGACUUCCCAUUGGGUUGAUCUGUCAUUGUUACCGUAACUCAAGGGAACAUUAGUUAUCUACAUCGCUCUGACGAAGGGCUAACGCUCGAAACGUCAGCCUUUUAACUCUUUACGGUGGCCAAUUUACGUUAUCAAUUCAAUUGAUAACACUCAAUUACCUGUUAUACUUUCCCGCCCACGCAGCACCACAGUUUCUUUAGAAACUUACCCCCUUUAUUUAUUAGUUACCUACACUCCUUUACUUGUGUGAGGAUUAUUUUUUAAUUGUUAGCUUUACAUGGGAAUUUCAUAGAUAUUGGCCGAAGGUUCACCUGAUGAAGUCUUCACUCAAGUCAGUAACAUCUUUGAAAAUCUUCCAAACCGCAAAACAACAUCACUUCACGACUAUGACGUCACGUUUAUCACAGGUACUCUGAUUCGUGAUUGCUUUGUAGUUUGUUCUGUGGUAACUCCGUUCAUCAUUAUCAUCAUUAUAUACACCUUAAUAUUACUGUUAUUAUCAUUAUAAUAUUGUAUUAAAUAUUAUUACAAUUAUAACUUUUAUGAUGAUUAUUGUUAUCAUUAACUCCAUCAUAUACAGUGGUGUGAGCCACAAGAAACAAUACCAUAGAGAUUGGUACUGCUCACUAGUUGUACAGCCUAUACACAGAAACACAUCGUGCAAUCGCUAAUCGACCAAGUGAUAUAUUCAAAAGGGGAAUUGUUUGUCGCCUUAGGUCCGCCCGGUGCGGGAAAGGCAGACUUGGCUCGAACAUUAGCUGACGCGACAGGAAGGACACAUUUGUCGGUUGGUCUCAUCUUAAGAGAAGAGGCGAAACAGGAGACAGAGCAAGGCCAAUCGAUCAAGGAAGCCAUCAAGACGGGAAUGUUAGUAGCUACGGUAUGCAGAUACGCUUUGGUUUUUGCAUUGGUUACUGCAAUUUUUAAUUGAAUGUCCAUAAUUGUCCAUAAAUUCAUCUUCUAAUUUACACUGUUUUUGUCGAGAAACAUCGCGCUAUUCCCUCGACCAAUCGGAUGCGAAAAUAAACUUAAAACGCGGCUUGGUUACAUGCAUUUACUCGCACGUAGAAAAGCGCACAUGUAGUUAUCUUGAGUUCUUAUUGGCUUCCUGUGGUUUCCUUUUCCCUAAUUGGCCGAUGUGAUCGCUUUGAUUUAACUACUUUCAAAUAAAGAGAAGAUACGUUUACGUUAACGAAUCUAGCUUUUAGCCGGCAGUUAAUGUUACAGUAAAGGAGCACAGUCCCUGAAGUUUGAGACACUUUUCGCUACUAACUACUAACAGUAAAAGGAACAACAGGUGACAAUAAAUGUUUCACCACUGAGGAGGUCAACUUUGAUUCUCAACAAUUAGCUAAGCUGAAAAUGUGAAGCCGAUCUUUUCAAGAUUAUCAACUAUGGUGUAUCUACACUGCACUGUUAAAUGUUGGGAAUUGAAAACGUUAACGCUCUUUAAGCAUACUAAAUACCUCAACACAGUUUUGUUUCUGAUUUUUCUUAAUUUAAUUCAGUUCCUUCAGAUGUUUAGAGGAGAUUGCAAUUUUCUUCCAUUUGCCUUUUAGGAUCUUGUGUUAUUACUUUUGACAAAGAUGCUUGAGAAAGAAGAAAAGAAUUUGAAUGGUUACUGCAUAGACGGCUACCCACGAACAGAGGAACAACUCGAUCAGUUUAAACAAAAGGUAAGAGUAAGUAUCAGCCUAAUCAGCUCGCGUCGGUUUAAAUUUUACCGUCUAACGUCUGUCGUCAGUUCACAAUUGGCAUGUUCCAGGCGUUCAGUUAACAAAAAGGGCGCAAUGGAAGCCCACAACGUUUAAGAAAUAGAUUCCAUGUUGGGGCCGUGCGUCUGUGCAGUAGUAGAUCACAAGGUCAAAAUGUGGAAAGAACAAAAAAGUGGCUCACGAAGCGCAGCCAAGUGUGUCACGGCUGUAACCCCGUAGCAGGAAAAAUACUUUUGAAAUAAGCAAUCUGGUUUACAACAUACUUCGAGGACAAUUUCCCGCCAGGCACGAAAAGAAAUAAGCCGAAAGGUGACCUUACUCAGAGGGAAAGGACAACACCCACGAGGGGUACAUAGCUUAAGGUUUCUCACUUUGAUUAAUUGAAGAUACAAUAGUGAUGAGAUGACUUUUUUCUUAUCUCAUUAUUUUAUCGCAGGUGUCCGAUUAUAACAGAGUAAUUUUUAUAGAAGGCGAGGAUGCGGAGAUUGAGCGAGUUCUGAAGGAAAGAGGAGAAGCUUCAGAGAGAGAAGAUGACACAGAAGACAUAUCGAAAACAAAACUGGAGGUUUACAAUGGAAACACACGACCAAUAAGUGAUAGUUUGGGAGACUCUGACAAAGCACUUAAGGUUUGUAUUUGAUGGUCACGGUCAACUUGUCUCCUCAGGUUGAUAAUGUAAGCAUUUUAUCAGGAAGAUUCCAUGCAUUUCGUCGCACAGUACAUCCCACAUAUCGUAUUCCCUUUUCGACGGUUUUGCGUCACAAAACUUUUAGUGACAACUGGUUGUAGGAGCGUCGCUAGGAUUUUGCAAAAGGUGAGAGUGGGGUGGGGUGGGGUCAGACCGAGUCACACCCUGGAUACCUACCUGACUGUCAUUUUGACGUUCACACUGAGUUUCACCGAAAGCGAAUUUUGUCGGAUGACCACUGAGUGAUGCAGAUUGUGUGGAUUCUUCAGAUUCGCGCCUUUUUGACACCUUAAGUUUGAGGUUUGAAAACCGUUCACGUAAAAAAUUACCUUAUUUUGUCGGAUGACCACUGAGUGAUGUAGAUUUGUGGAUUCUUCAGAUUCGCACUGUUUCGACACCUUAAGUUUGAGGUUUGAAUACCGUAAAAAAUUACCUUAUACAAAGGGGGAAGGGAACCAUAGUUCCUUCCCCCUAGUUACGCUCUUUGGUUUCUUUUGUCGAGUUCUGAACUUCAGGGAGCGUGGGUCGAUAAUAGAGUUCGUGCCAAGUGUCUGCAUUUUAGCGCCCCACUAAUUGAGGCAAGUGGAGCAAUAGACCACAUUUCAUUUAUUACCCCCUAAUAGCUUGGGCGACUCAGUUGACCGGGAGAUCGGACAGUAGAAACCACCCGACUACAUCACCCAAAACCUCAUAACAGUGAGUCUCAUUCUGGUCAUAUUCUAUGCAACCAGAGCGCUUCGUGAGAGAGGGAGAUAACUAUAACUACAGUAUUCUCGAUCGCAAAAAUUGAGAGUUGGCGCCAUUUGAAGUAGCUUUUACGUGACUUCACUUAUACCCCGCGGUUUACCGUGUCCUCUGUUGUUUAUUUUUCCUUCUGCAGGUUUCUGCGGCCCUACCUAAAGAGGAAGUAGUGGAAGAUAUCAGAUUGAAGCUAAUGGCAGUAACAGAGUUGUCAUCCUAGGAAAAAAUCCGGCGCUCAAAUACUAUAUGUACAUAUGUGUAGAUUGCGAAUUUGACACUCCACUGCUAUACACUCGGUACAUACUCGUUAAAACUGAUUUAUACUAUAUCUGUGAAUCACCUUCAAUCAACGCAAAUCAUGGAUGAUAAUUUCAUCGAAAGAGGCUGAAGAGUCUUCGAACACUCCCUUGGUUCCUCCAAGAGUUUGUAGCGUUGGUGCUGUUUUGUUUUUAUUUUUUUAUUUCCAGUUGAAUACGUAGAAAACAACUCAACAUAGAGGUGUUCGUGGUCCUCUUUGAAACUCACGACAAUGUGGUAUUAUUUAUCAUUAAAUAGAAACUCGGUAUAAUUAAUCUGAGUGUUGUAUAUCAAGGGAAUAUAUAUUAUAGUCUCUUGAGACAAAUACUUCAGAGCAAUGGGGUACAUCUUGGUGCAGUGACAUGGAAAACAAAGGCCUUAAAGUCACGCGCAAUGUGAAUUGGGCUACGGGAAAAUGUAGCUUAAAGAGUGAAUGGUCUGAAUUAAAGUCUGUUUAAAAAGUUUUUUCCCAAAAAUUAUCAUGAAGAUAACUUUUAAAUCAAUUUGUAUGAAACGAAUCAAAGCUCAGCAAUGGAACUAUAGCC